AUGUCCGGACGCGGGCAAGCCGGGUCGUCGAGCUGGGAGUAUGGGUCGAGCUGGGACGGUUGGGACUACGGCUAUGGUGGCUCCUGGGAUGAAGGUGAGGAGCAAGGAGAAGAAGUGGGAAAGGGUAAAGGUGGUGGAAGGAGGACGACGGUGCAGGCAAAGGGCAGGCAGGGCGGGAUGGCCCUGCGUGCCAGGUUCGAGGACGGAACCCAGGAGAGGACACGGACCCAGGCUGAGCGUGAGGCGAUCAGGGCUCCACUUUUGAAAGACAUCAAGGAUCUCAAAGCACGGCUGGCGAGUGUUCAGAGCGAAUCGGACCACAUGGUUCGCCAGCUGACUCUUUGCCAGGCAGGGCCGGGCAGGGAAAUCCCAUCAUUCGCGGGCAUCAACAAAGACUACAAGGAGAGGGCCGAGAUGGCGGAGGGCCGAGUGCGCAACUUGAAUCUGGACCUCAUGGCUGCCAAGUCCGCAGAGGAG